UUUCACUGCUUCGCGAGGAGAGACCGUGCGAAGCGCGCUCGCACGCACACACACUCACGCAGCCUCGUCGUCCGCACAUCACCCACGAACACAGCAAGAGAGAGAGAGGGAGAGAGCGCCACCGACCGCCGAAAAGAGACACGCCGACUCGCCACCACGCGAGACAUCAAGCCGAGAAGAAUUCCCCCUCUCUCCGUCCCUCCGAGAUUACGCCAUCGUGUUGAGUAAUCAUUGCCCGGGGGGUAACGUGGAUGUGUUUGGAGAGACUCAUCGCGCGGCGGGAUCGCGGCGACUGCUGCGGUGGCAUCCGGUGGCAGGGACUAGCCUGCGAGCAGUAGCAGCAUAAACAGCUUCACGCAGUGCCCGCGUAUUAUAGGAGAGACUCGUGAACACAGAGUGUGGAAGAUAUAGCCGCUGUGUUUGCUUGCGUGUGUCUGUGAUAACCCGGGCUGCACGCCGGAGGAUGCGGAAAGAAGAGUGAAGAUGUUGAGAUUUUUAUUGACGAUUGCUUUUCUCUGCGAACUGCUGUUGGUGGAACGGAUCUGGGACGUACAAGCGCAGGAUAAUGAAGUAGCAAGCUUGCGUGGGCCACAUGUUUGCACCGAUGACAACUCUACCUAUUGCUGCCCGGGAUGGGAAACUGCGAAUGGUGGCAAGGAAUGCUCGCAGCCUAUAUGCAGUACACCGUGCCAUCCCGGAAUUUGCGUUGGUCCCAAUGUUUGCGACUGUCCCGGCGCGGGAGCAGCAGCAGGCUGCUUUCACAGGAAGACGAUAAUGACACCCAAGAUCACCGAGCUGCAGGAACUUCAUGAGAAUUCGACGCAGACGAGGCUGGGCUAUAUAGCAAAGUUAAUGACCGACAUCCGGUGCCCACAAGGCUACACGUACAACGAUACAGACCAAAUAUGUCACGAUAUUAUUGAGUGUGAGGAGGCGGUGCAGCCGUGCCAUCAAAUCUGCAUCAACACGCCGGGAAGCUACUACUGCGCCUGUCAGCGAGGGUUCGUGCUGCACAGUAACGGCCUGUCCUGUGUCGACACGACGAGGCUACGCACCUGCGCGCGGCGACGCACUUGUGCUGCCACCGACCUAUGCCACAACACUUACGGCAGAUACCGAUGCAGCCUGUCACAAUGGCUUCCAAUGUCGCCGAGGAUGCGGCGCACCUGCACAGAUAUCAACGAGUGUGAGCUCUACCGGGAUAUAUGCGGUAGCGGUUGCGUGAACAUGGUCGGCUCAUACAUGUGCACGUGUAGCCGCGGAUAUGUGCUGCGAAACGAAGUCUGCGUCGAUGAGAACGAAUGCGCUCGCCAUGACAGAGGUGGCUGUGAGCAAAACUGCACCAACACAGACGGCAGUUUCUUCUGCUCAUGCAGACCAGGGUAUACCCUAGGACCCAACGGUCGAACGUGCAUAGUUCUGGAGGUGGUUGUACCCUUUCCCCACGAGAUCACCAUAGAGCUGGAUCGCUGCGACCCGCCGUGUGAGCACGGAGGCACCUGCUCGCAGCGCAAGUGUACCUGCCCACCUGGAGUUACAGGUGCAUCGUGCGGUAAAGAUAUUGACGAGUGCGAGGAGAAUACGGACGCGUGCGACCAACUCUGUCAGAAUACAUUUGGUUCUUAUUCUUGCUUCUGCAAGCCCGGAUACACUAUAGCCGACAAAACUUCGCUCUGCACGAAGAACACAUGCUACCCGCCGUGCAAGAAUGGCGGCGAAUGUAUCGAGGAGACUUGCCGCUGCUUGCCUGGAUACCUGGGCCGAUCGUGUGAGCUGGACUACGAUGAGUGCCGACUGUGGAGACCAUGCAGCCACUACUGCACGAACGUACCGGGCGGCUACCGCUGUGACUGCCCCGACGGCCUCUCGCUCGGCAGCGACGGCCACAUCUGUGUGGGCCCGGGAGAUUGCGACCCACCAUGCUUUGGAGGCAUGUGCAUCAACAGCACAUGUGUCUGCCCGUACGGCGUCAGUGGCGUCACCUGUACGACAGAGCACCGACCGACAGCUCCUGCGAAUGUCACACUGUAUCCAGCGCAGAACUCGAUAUACAUCAACUGGACAAUGUUGAUCAAGGAAUCAAAUGCUCCGGAAUACUUCACCCUCUGGUUUAGACCGAGCCAUCGGAAGCGCUUCUCCACCACGAGGAUAACGUCGCCCACUGCCGUCGCCUACACACUCGACAACCUACAGCCGGACACGAAAUACGUCAUGUUUCUCGUCGCUCACAACGUCAUCGGAAGCUCGUCGUUCAGCGACCUCAAAUCCGAAUACACGCUCCCCGAACUCGUCGAAGCUAACAUGACCUUCGCCGAACCGGAACCGAUAUUAAGUUGCCGAAUCGGUGCUGACACGGCAUCCUGUCACCCGGAGACGGUGGCGCCGACUAGCGUGCGCGCGAUUGCGACGUCGACGGUAGCGCCGCCGCAGCUGCGGCGCAACGCCUCCGUGGAGUACGCGGAACCGCACUUCAACGACACGAACUUCGAGAAGUUCAUACUGAAGAUUCUCAACGAGAUCUUCCCGAAGUGGCUCGACUACGAGCAGCGACGCGUCAACGACGUCGAACCGACUACGUCGAUGCAGGAGCACGUCGAGAUGCUUGCUUCGGGAGUGUUUCUCGUACCGGAGUACUCGCGCGACAGAGGCGGCGACGCGCACGCGCGCGACAAGCCGACGACGUUGGGAACACGGAGCGCCGCGAGCGACGCCUCGGCGCGUAGCACUCAGCGAGAUGGAGGAGAAGAAGCCGCUACCGCCGCGACGCUGCGACGCGGGGAGGCGCCGAAUGACGUCGAGCCGUCUGCGACGCGGCAGCCGCGCACCGACGCGCCGACAGACAACCUCAAUCGGAACGACGACGACGACGAUGAUGAUGGCGAUGACGAUGACGAUGACAAUGGGGAUGAAAGGGGAGAAGAUGACGAUGAGGUGGAGGUGGCGCGUGACCGCUACAUGGCCGCCAGGGUCAGCGAGCCGUUCGCGUACGACGUAUCGGACAUGCUCACGGACUCACUCGACUUCAUCGACGAGUUUCAUAGCGAUCCGAUCGCUACGCCGGAACUGCCGCGGCAAGGUCAGCGAUCGGGGUCACGGUCACGUCACAGGUCGCGCGUUGCCGACGUUAAGGCUUCCGCUAGGCAGGAUCAACAGAUGACUUUUCCAGCAGGACGCCGAAAGGACCGCUAUGAACGCCAUCAAGAUUGCGACUAUAAUGGAUUAGAGUACAGCCAUGGUACGGUGUUCACACCUAUCGAGGAUCCAUGCUCCAUCUGUGCCUGCAUGGAUGGCGACGUCAGGUGUAAAUUAGCAACGUGUCCCGCACUGGACUGCCAGGACAGUGAGCCAUACCAACCUGCCGCCCUCUGCUGCCCGAUCUGCGGACCAAGGCUGAAGCCACAUUGCCGGGACGAAGUUGGCCAGAUGCACGCUGUGGGUGGCAGCUGGACUAGAGGACCGCCAACAUGUCAAAUAUGCACCUGCUUGCAAAAAGAUGCCGAGCCACUGUGUAGCAAUAUAGUGUGCGACAGUCUGUGUAGCUACCCAGCUCCGAAGAAAGGUCAAUGUUGUCCCAUCUGUGAAGGAUGCACUUACAACAAUGUCACAUACCGCGACGAUGAGGUUUUUCCAGAUCCAAACAACGAGUGUAAUGAAUGCAGAUGUCUGGGAGGAAACAUUCACUGUAGGAAGAAGGAAUGUGUUACACCCUGCGUCAGUAAUUACAUACCACCUGGCCAGUGCUGCCCUCUAUGUUCUGGAAUACUGAACGUGAGGAAGCGUCUGCGUAACGUCGCCGUGAUGGCGGGAAACCGGGUGACGCUCAAGUGCGGCAUCACGGGCAAGCCGCGGCCGCGCAUCUACUGGAUGAAGGACGGUACCCUGGUCGAGCCGCGCGGACGCCGUCUCAAGCUGCGCACGAACCGACGCGCCAGCACACUGCGGCUCAGGGAUACAACAGUAGAUGACUCCGGGUACUACAAGUGCGUAGCCAAGAAUGGACGCGAUCACGUGGAGACAGGAGCACACGUGUUGAUCCAUGAAACGUCCGCGGAAGUCCUUCCGGCGGAUUUCUUCCACGAUGACAACAAGGAUGGAUCCAGGCAACAGCAACUUCUAAUCCCGGAACCUGUAGAGGGCGAUACCUACCGGGAACGGCCGAGGACAGCGACUGGGAGCGGAACGGACAGCGAGCAGACGGCAGCCGAGGGGCACCUGUAUGAAAUCUACAACCUGUGCGUGACAUACCGCGGCUCGGUGUGUACGGACCAGCUCGGCAACCAGAGCGUGUACCCGGGCGACGACACGAUGCCGGACAUCGAGCGCGGCCUCGUCGAGAAUCUCUACCAUAUCAUAGCGCUGCUCAGCGACGCGAUGGACUCCACCUGCUCGCGCUACCUGCACCCUGCCAUCUGCCACUACACGCUGCCGACGUGCGCCGGCUCUGCUGGUCACAUCGCGCAGAAGAAUCUCUGCAGAGAGGACUGCGAGCGACUGAAGGGAGGCGUCUGCGCGCGCGUCUACGAGACUGUCGCCGCGUCGUCCGACCAGUUCCAGCGCCGCAUAUCGCUGCCGAAAUGUCAGUACCUGCCGCUGCAGACAGAUGGCGCUGACUGCGUUAACGUGUUCCCGCAGGAGGAACUUUACAGAGAUAGGUUAUGCAAGUACAAGGACAUGCUUAUUCCGCACGGCACAACGGUGGCGAUAGGGAACGUGGAGCAAGGCUUCUGUGAAUCUUGCUCCUGUUACGCCACUCAGGUUAGAUGCAAGAUUGACACCUGCCCAGGAGAUUGUCUGUAUGAAGGAGAAGUGUACACGGAUGGUCAAACAUUUAAACACGCAGACGGACCUUGCGUGGGCUGCACUUGUCUGAAUGGCACGGUGUCGUGUGAGCGAGAGGUAUGUAGAGAGACGUGCACUCACGGAACGAGAUCCGCGGCUCAGUGCUGCAGCGAAUGCUUGGUAUGCGACUACAAUGGCGAGAUUCACCGAGAGGGCGCCACCUUCAAGCCAGCCGUCGCCAAUUCGUGCGACAUCUGUUCGUGUCAGGGAGGAUCCGUCGUAUGUGAUGCAAUGCCAUGCCCAUCGGCUACGUGCACCCACACUCAGCGCACCGAGAACACGUGCUGCCCCCAGUGCCAGUAUUGUAACCACAGUGGCACACUCUACCGGCACGGUGAAACUUGGAUUUCGGAAGAGGAACGCGGCCUGUGCGUGUGCAAUGAUACAGAAGUUGUUUGCCACGAGGUGCGCUGCCCCACGCCCUGCCUGGAUCCGCUGGUGGCGGAGAGCUGCCAAGCAUGCAAGGGCUGCAGCCUCGAUGGCGUCAUGUACCUAGAGGGCGCUACGUUCAGGCUUAGCUUAGACAGCUGUGCCCAGUGUACUUGCCAGGGUGGUUAUCUACACUGCGGUCCGAUCCACUGUCCGGGGCUCGCGUGUGCGCCUGAGAUGAGAAUUAUUCCAGAAGGUUCCUGCUGCCCUGUCUGCAUCAGCUCAGUAAACACAACAGUUACCACGGGUUGCCACAUCGAUGACUUGUGGUACGGCAACGGCACUCAGUUCAAGUUGGGAUCGUGUACGACGUGCACAUGUGAGAAUGGAGACAUGUCAUGUGCAACGGUGCAAUGCCCGUCCCUGGAUUGUCCCUCGGAAAGGCAGGUGUUGUGGCACGACAGGUGCUGCACGGAAUGUCUGAAUACUAGCUGCGUUCAUGAUGGAAACAUAUACGAGAGUGGGGAGAGCUUCGUUUCAGCCGGAGAUCCCUGCACACGAUGUAACUGUGACGGUGGAAAUGUCUCCUGUGCGUCAAUCACGUGCCCGAAUAUCAGAACAUGCCCUCAGGGGCAAGUGACGGGUCUGCGACCGGGCGACUGUUGCGACACGUGCAUCCGGCGACCGGCACGCUGUCUCACCUACGGCAUGCAGCAGUACGUUACCUACGACGCCUACACGGCGACGCUGCCGCGCAGCCACUGCCCCCUGGUGCUGACCGAGUCGUGCGAGAACGCCGCCGGCUUCCAAGUGCUGCUCGAAUUCCAGCGGCCGCGACUCAACCUCUUCGAAUCGCUCUUCGGAGAAGCGGCGGCGACGCGUCGGAGCGAGCGGGCGGCGACGCGCCGGAAGUCGCGGCGGAGGCAGCGCAUUAAUCCGUCGGACGUGUCCGAGAUGAGCGUGCGGAUCUACUUUUCGAACUACACGAUCCUGCUUAGCGAACGUCGGCAGAUCCUCGUCAACGGCUGGUCGGUGGCGCUGCCGUACGACGGCGGUACUAUUAGCGUGUCGGAGGAAGGCACGCUGCUGGUGCUCGGCCUGCGGCCAGGCGUCACGCUGCGAUGGGAUGGCAGCCAUUACGUUGAAGUGGAGGUGCAGGGUUACCACGGCAACGGCACGUGCGGCCUGUGCGGAAACUUCAACGGAAAUCAGACGGACGAUGCCGAUAGAGAGUUCAGCAAUAGCUUGCAGCCACGGCAAGGCAGCGGCAUUGACGAGAAAGACUGCCAAUCUAGAAGGUUGAGAAAAUGUCGACCUAAGAAGCGCAUGAAGGCGUCAUGCGAGAUGCUGCGUCAGAACCUGAUCUUCCGGCCCGCGCACCAGUUCGUCAGCCCCGGUCCGUACGUGUCGGCGUGUAAGCAGGCGAGCUGCAUGUCGAAGAACCCACAGCGCGGGGUGUGUGACGUUAUGGCAGCGUACGCGCGCGAGGUCCGUCAACACGGAUUCAUCGUGGAGUGGAGGGAGAUGGCCGACUGCGUUAUCGACUGUCCGACCAAUGCGACAUUCAUGGAAUGCGGACCAGAGUGUCACAGAUCAUGCGACCAGCUGCACUCGACCGACACCUGCUACAGCUACGGAUGCGUGCCAGGCUGCUUCUGCGACGCCGGCUACAUCCAGGACGACGACAAGUGUAUUCCCACGGACCAGUGUCCCGAUGCGUCAUGACAGGCUCCGUCUCCGUAGCUCAGUAGCGCGUAUAUAGAUGAGAGCAACGAUAGUUGGAACAGCCGUGACGGCGACGUGCGGCUAGCGAGCAUUUCGCGCCGUACCGUCGCGGAUUAGACACGAGAUGACGACGAUCGAUGACGUCACGCUUGUAAGAAAGAUGGCGGCGAUUCUCGGCGGGCAGGUGACUGAGGUAUCGGAUUCGCCGGAGAACGCCGGCGUAUUACGUGUUGGAAUCGAUUGCGGUGUAAUAGGGUAGUAGAGAGCGCGUGACGACGUCGCCGAGACAUGAGUAAUCAGCAGAGCGGUGAUUUAAUCUUAAUUGCGAGCUAAAUUAUGAGUUUUCCUCACCGUACUACGUGUGCUUAUCACACUACCGCUGUCAAUGUGGCCGCCUAUUCUGGCGGUUGUUGGUAAGCUGUUCGGGCAUGAUAAACGAGUUGCGUAUAUUUGUCUGUGAACUGUGAUAACAUUCCAUUGAGGUGCUACCUAGGUUAAUGAUGUACAUUGAAUGUAAGUAUACGCACUGUUCAAACUCUACAACGAUACAGCUUUUAUUAGACUCGAAUUUGAUAUAGCUGGAGAAUAAUAAUAUGCACAGUAUUAUACGGACCAAUUUUAAAAUGUUAACAUUAUAUGAUUUAACCGUAAGGUAUAUGUAUUUGAACUCAUGACGCUAGCUGCUAUGAUGCCAACUAGGACUUAUGAGGGCUGCCGGGAUAGCUCAUGUUUUUCCUGGGAAAGAACCGAAUUGAGUAUUAAUUAGAAGAGUCUAGUUGUGGUUAUAAAAAAAACCAGAAAGAGAAGUAGCAAUAAGCGCGUUAUUUCAAUAAGAUUCAGUGCAGUUAACAUAAUUAUAUCACGUGGUUAUGAGUAUAGGCUUCCACAUGGCGUUGGGGAGGGGGAAAUUACAUGAUGAACGCGAGAGGGAAUAAUCCUCAGUAUAGUUGUGAGAUCGAUUACGUAAUUAGAAGGGCAGACGUGAAUCUAUCGUAUGAGACAGGUCACUUCGACCAGCGAUCUUUAACUAAUGCAUUGAUCCCCUCAACUAUGUGUAAAUAGAAACUUCAUAAAACUGUAAUAAACGUGUACAUGAAAAUGUU